UAAACCGAAAAAAGACCGAAAAGUGUAUCCAGCAGCAGAAGUGCGAGAGAGUGUCCAUUAUUCUUUUCGACAAACAUCCUUCGUUUUUGUUUUCCAUUAUUUUGUCGCGCUCAUAGUUCGAUUAAAUCCGAUUCGGUAUGAGUGAAAGUGUGUAGUUUCGGUGCGGUACAAUUGCGAAAAUGAUGUAAACUAGCGAAACCGGCUUUUUUCGGCUUCGCAAUCGGUGCAAAACGCAGUCUUAUAAUCGCCAAAAGGAAGGGUAGCCCUCUGCGAAAAGACGGAUAGGAUCUUCACACUUGUGACAAGAGGGAGAGCAAUGUGGAAGAACCAAGCCCACUUGUGCUUUCUGAUUGUUUGUGUUUACUUACUGAACCAUCGAAUUAGUGAAAUCUACGCUUCCGGCAAUAAAGCUGAACCGCGAUACUUCCUCGCUGGCCGUAAUGGAACACUGGCAUGUAAAUUUACCGGUGCGGAGAAUCCAGUGUGGCACAAAAAUGGGAAAAACCUUACCGAUAGCAGUGCAAAAAUCACCUUCAUGAUUGUGGACACCGACGAAGAUGUCGUGAAGAUUGCCGAUGGUGAUGAUGGCAAACCACCGGAUGACCCACCGGCCACUACGACGCUACCAACGGCCGACGAUACGCAGACUGCCACCACCGUCAUUUCCACGCUUACGAUACAUAAUUUUACAAAGGCGGACACCGGGAACUACACAUGCCACGGUGUACCGGACGAUAGGAGGACGAAGGGACUGCUAGCGAAUUACGCCGUCCGGGAAGUGCUGCUACCAAAGAUUACUGCCACCAGUCCGGAGCGGACCAAGACAAAGCAGGAGCGGAAGGUCGAACUGUUCUGCGUGAUCCGGAUGUAUCCGCUGGACUAUUUUAACAAUUCGAUACAAUGGUUCAAAGAAGACGAUACCACCGAAAAUAAUUUUAUGAAGAACACUACGGUGAAGGCAUUGAACGGAACACAUGUACAUGUGACACUGACGAUUGCGGACGUAAGCAAAACACACAACGGAACGUACUCUUGUAAUGUGGGACCAUCGACAAUGCUUGACGAAAACACCGCCACAGACAGGAAAUCAAUGGCACUGCUGGUGUUGGAUAAACCGCAGGUCACGAUAGACUAUGCGAAAGCCGUCGGAGCAAACAAAAUCUAUCUAAACUGGACCGUGAAUGACGGAAAUGAUCCAGUUAAGCAUUACAUGGCUCAAUUUAUGAAGAAAGGCCAUUCCACUUUUACGUACUACGCAAACCGAAUCGAUGGACGAAACAGUUCUUUCGUGUUGGAAAACUUUGAACCCGCUACGGAUUAUGAGCUAAAGCUGACGGCUCAGAAUGGACAGGGAAGUGGCCAACCAUCACCAGCGGUCAAGGUGCGAACAUUGGAAAGUGAUCCAAGUUUUACGCCCAUCGUAGAAGUGAAAGGAAAUACUCAUUCGACCAUCACGAUUGGCUGGGCACCGCCACCUACGGAUUUGCUGGAAUAUAUUCAGUACUACGAUUUGACAGUUUCCGUUGCUGGUGAGAAUUCUUCCAAGUGGGAAACCUAUUACCCCCAAAACAGUCGCAAUCUUCCGUACAUGUUCGAUAAUUUGGACACAGCCACUGAGUAUAGCUUCCGUGUCCGAGCUUGCAGCGAAUUGGCGAAGGCAUGUGGAAACUGGUCGGAGGAAGUGAAUGGAACCACGAGCGAUGGUUUGUCGUCGGAACCAAUGAACCUCAAUAUCAGUUGCUCACAUUACAAUAUCUCCCGCCGCAACACAGUUCGCAUUCAUUGGGAUCAGCCGAAAAAACCGAAUGGUAAAGUCGUUUCCUAUCAAGUCAUUUUGGAUGGGUUAUCGCAGUAUCGGAGCGAGCAUGGUUCCCUGAAGAAUGAAACAUGGGGACCGAAAAUUAAGAAUGUUCAACCGCAGUUCACCAGGACCGAGUACGACGGCAUUCCACCGAAUACCAACUACACGGUCCGAGUAGCGGCAGUGACGCGUACCAAACGACCCGGAGUCACUGCGAGUGCUAGCUGUACGAUGCCGGCAACCACCCCGGACAACAUUGGCCGAUUGAUGUGGGGCAAGCUACGUACCGAGGAUAAUCAAUGGAUUUUCAAAUUGUUCCUUCCCCGUGUAUCAGAGCGGAAUGGUCCAAUUUGUUGCUAUAAAAUCUAUCUGACACGGUUGGCUCAUCGGAACGGGUCUUUACCCGAACCGGAAAAUUUGCUGGUAACCAGUUAUGCCGAUGUGCACUCGAUCAACAACACCCGGGGGGGAACGUAUCUGGCGGAAAUAUUUUCCAGUCUGAACUACAGCUCCGAGGUGUUUCUUGGCGAUGGAAAGAACAACGAGUACCAUGAUCUUGCUUUCUGUCCGCAGUGUCUGCAUAAAACGAGAUUCCUUCACAAUGAGAAACCUAGUGCCAUUUACAAUAAAGAUGAUGAACACGGUACGGUCCCGAAUACAACUACUGCUACCACAGCACCUAGUCCGACUCGGACCGGAAAUGAAGCCGUGCCCGUCGAGGAUCAGUUGAAAAUAUCUAGUCAUGAUAAGCGGGAUGUCAACGAUUACAGCUACUACGAUAGUGGCGGAAAUCAGUUCGAGACGGUUUACGACGGCAUUCUUGAUCCCUCCAGUAACUAUACUGGAUUUGUGGAGGUUGUAGUCAAAACUGACGGUGAUCAGGGAGAUCGCUAUAUUUCCACGUUCAGUGAAUAUUUCCAGGAAAUGAACGCCGGAGCUCCAUUGGCCAGUGAUCUCAAUGGCAGAGAUCUUUCCUUCAUUCUCAACAUAGUUAUCCAAAUACUCUGUGGUCUGAUACUGAUAGUUCUACUAGUUUUACUGUCACUGUGCUUGCUUCAUAAACACUUUAGCAAAACUAUUGCACAGGAAGGUGAAACAAUUAGCUUGGGAGAUUCGCUUCGCCGUGCUCUUUGCCAUGGUCGUAACAACAACGCCCACCAUCGACAUCUGCUGGGAUCGAAUAGUGUGAAACCACCGGUGAUUCCGCCGAUUUCAAAGGAAGACUUGCCGAAAUCGUACUUUGAUAAACACAAAGAUUCCGACUAUGGUUUCCAGCAUGAAUUUGAGCUACUUCCGGACAAGUUUGCCGAUCGGACUACGAAGAAUUCCGAUUUGAAGGAGAACAUUCACAAGAACCGCUAUCCGGAUAUUAAAUCCUACGAUCAAACCCGUGUCAAGCUGUCUACAAUGAACGGACUGUCCGGAUCGGAUUAUAUCAAUGCAAACUUCGUUAUCGGUUACAAGGAACGUAAGAAAUUUAUUUGUGCCCAAGGACCGAUGGACAGCACAAUUGUCGAUUUCUGGCGAAUGAUUUGGGAACAACACUUGGAAAUCAUCGUUAUGCUAACCAACUUGGAGGAGUACAAUAAAACCAAGUGUGCCAAAUAUUGGCCGGAGAAUAUCAACGAUUCUACCCAGUACGGUGACAUUAUGAUUACGUUCAUGUCGGACAAUUAUUACGCUGAUUACAUUAUUCGAAACCUGAAGGUCACAAAACGUAACGUCAAUUCAGCCGGUGAGGAAGUGGAAGAAACGCGGUAUAUUUCACAGUACCAUUAUCUCACAUGGAAAGAUUUCAUGGCACCGGAGCACCCGCAAGGCAUCACCAAGUUCAUCAAACGCAUCAACUCCGAAUAUUCUUUGCAACGGGGCCCGAUUCUAGUUCACUGUAGUGCCGGUGUAGGUCGAACGGGAACUUUCGUGGCGUUGGACACCCUCACGCAGCAACUGAACGAAGAGGGUCAGGUGUCUAUUUUCAACACUAUUUGUGAUAUGCGGUAUCAAAGAAAUUUCCUCGUACAGUCAUUAAAACAAUACAUAUUCUUAUAUCGAGCCCUCACCGAAUUGGCGUACUUUGGAGACACCGAAAUUGACCAAAAAUCAUUAGCAUCUACAGUAGAAAAUCUGAAACAACCAUCGGCGGACAAUCCGGAUAUUUGCAAGCUCGAAGCACAAUUCCAGCGAAUCAAAUCCUUCCAAGAGGACACACGAAGGACGACUGCCAUCGGUGGGAGUGAGGACAACAAGACGAAGAAUCGCUCGGACACGUGUGCUCCGUAUGACAAAAACCGGGUCAUACUGGCUCCGAUUCCAGGGCAUGACAAUUGCACCUACAUCAACGCGUCGUUCAUCGAUGGGUACGACGACGAGAAUAACUUCAUUAUUACGCAGGACCCGAUGGAAAACACGAUUUUCGAUUUCUGGCGGAUGAUAUUCGAGCAGCGAAUAAAAACGAUCGUGAUGUUUUCUGAGAUCGGCGAUGGGCCCAACAAAUGUCCCCGAUACUGGGCCGACGAGGAGAUGCAGUACGAAAAUCUACUGGUCACCUACAUCCAAAGCGAGAGUGGUCCCUACUACACGAAGCGGGAGUUCACGGUGACCAACUGCAAGACGAAGGACACCAUUCAGGUAACACAGUUCCAGUACAACGGGUGGCCGACGGUUGAAGGCGAAGUGCCCGAGGUCACCCGAGGUAUGAUUGAAAUAGUCAACCAGGCGCAAAAGCACAGCUCCCAGCAGGAGGAUAUGUUCACGAUUGCCGUACACUGCAGUUUGGGAACAGAUAAAAGUUCCCUCUUUGUUGCCAUGUGCAUACUAGUUAUGCAACUCAAAACCGAAAAACGAAUCGACAUCUGUUCGGUUGUGAGAAAGCUUCGAGCACAACGUAGUUUAAUGAUUGAAACAUAUGCACAAUACGAAUUUUUGCAUAGGGCUAUUGUAAAUUUUGCAGACUUAUACAAAAUCUCGUUAGGCAUAGCUUCCGACUGUUGAUAAGCUGAUUAAGUGAUACAAAAAAAAACACUCAACAACAAUACACUAAGAUUACAUACGCCGCGAAUCUCAACUCUAAGAUAAUCCAAUCACGACGCCACCUGCAACCCCCGCAAAAGUGGAUAAUUUAGCCACUAGCAAAUGAGGCACUUUUUGCUUGCAGACAAACGCUGCGCUUCAAGUGAGUGUAUAUGUGUGGGUGUGGUUGCGCGCUUUCAUGUAUGUAAUUAUUAGCUUAUUUUUAAGUAAAACAAAAAUUCUAGUGCAUGGGUCGAUCCGACCACCUCUCCGUUAACGAAAGCGUACCAAAUGCCGCGUUGGACGGACAAUGAGAUUAGUCUACCAAUCAACCAAUCUGUGUAGUGCAAGAGAGCAAAGAUUUGUUUUUAAAUUUUAUACUAAUUUUAAUCCUAACUUGAAAAACCACAUCCUUUUAGCAAUAGGAAAAUAUAUAAAAAAAAAACAAAUCUUCCCUAAUUCUUUCGCUUAGAUCAACAUUGAAAAUCUUGUCAUGUUUGGUUGUUGAAACAUCCUAACGAAAAACUGAAUAGUUAUCAUCAAGAAGAGAAAAAAUCUAAACUACUGGAAGAAAAGCAGGUACUUUUUAUACUAACCCAGACAGUAGAACGAAAGGAUGGACAUCCUUUCUCUCCCUUCGCUGAAGUUUGAACGAAAGAAAAGUCGCGACACAUGACUAGUUUAGGUCAUAAGGAAAACGAUAACAAGUGAAGGAAGAUAAUCAGGAGCGACCAGCAACAAAAGUGUGUGAUCAAAAAGUAAAAAAAAAAAAAUCUAGGAAAUAGCGGAUUGUCAAACGUUAGGAGCUGAUAAUAUUAAAAGAAAAAGUCUAGUUAUUUUUCAUGUUGAAAAAUGCAAAAUGGGCAAACGCGGAAACCCAAGUAACAAGAGAGAAAUAAAACAAUAUGACACUAAAAGUAAGGCAGAAGAUGCAAAAUAUACCUCUAUCUGUGUGUAAAAGUCAAUAACUAUAAAGGUAUCUGUACCAGUAUGAUAUUUCUAUGAGUAACAAAUAACAAGCAGAAAACGAAACAAAUCAGAGCACUGUUAGGUAAACGGUCAGGCGCAUGCGGACACGAAACAGUUAAGCGAACAUAGGGGAACUCCAGUUUGUACUGAAACUACAAUUUACUACACACUAUAAUGUUUGUAUUUAUCAAAAAAAAGCUAUCGAAAAUGAUAAGUGAAGAUUAAACUUGUGUAUAAAAUGAGAA